CAAUUGGAGGCGAGAAGAGCCCUCAGCCACGAACCCCAUAUCGACGCGUGCUGGUUGUGACAGUCGACCAAUCAAAUGGCGGCGCGGCUCUCUGCUCACCUCUCCCUCCUCCUCUUGUCCUCUUCUUCCCCCGCUGCCAGAUUAUUUGAACCGGAGGCCGAGAAGCCACGGAGGCGUCAGAUAUCCUCCCUCCGGCCACACUAAUCAUGAGAAGAUGGUGCCGCAGCGCUAGGACGUCUCCUCUUCUUACUACUGAUUCUUCUUCGAAAAGAUUAAACGGAGAUAAUUUCUUGUUCUUUCUCGAUUGGAUUUCAGCCAAGUCUUCGAAGCCAUGACCGACUGCCACUUCCUUCAGGGAAGUUUGCUUGGAUCUUGGAAAAAUCCAAUAAAAGCUUUCUCUAGUUACAAUAUCCGACUGAAUACACUCUACUGCAAGAAACAAUGGGAUGUUCAGUCCUCAAGAUUUUUCCGCACAUAUUGCCAUCUAGGGUUGACACAAAGGGAUGUAACCCAGGGCUCCCACUUCUUGUCAUUGCAAAAAAGUGAUAACCUAGGAGGAUUUUACAACUACAUUGGGAGAAAAUCUUAUAGCCUAAGAUUUCAAAUACAAGCACAGCUUGAGGUUGCUAAUGCUAUUGAUGUUAUAAAUGAUUUAGGUUUUGAUACUCUCACAUUUUUGGCUGUUACUGUUCUGGUUGUACCUGCAUUCAGGAUCAUUAAAGCUAGUCCGAUACUUGGAUUUUUUUGUGCUGGUGUAGUACUUAACCAGUUUGGUCUCAUUAGAAAUCUCCUGGAUGUUAAACUUUUAUCAGAAUGGGGGAUUCUCUUCCUGUUGUUUGAGAUGGGCCUUGAACUUUCACUUGCACGGCUGAAAGCUCUUGCAAAAUUUGCUUUUGGAAUGGGGUUGACACAGGUUGUACUAUCAACGCUUGCAUUUACAGCUUUUGAGCUUCCUCCUAAUGGAGCUGUUGGAACAAAGAUUUUGCAGUUUCUUUUUAAUUCACGGCCGGAUCUGGUCAAUAUCCGAAGCAUUGAUGAAGCGAUUGUGAUUGGAGCUGCCCUUUCACUAUCCUCUUCUGCCUUUGUACUACAGCUUCUUGCAGAGAAAGGAGAGCUCCCAACCCGUUUUGGUUCUGCAACUUUAGGCAUUCUUCUACUGCAGGACAUUGCAGUUGUUCCUCUACUGGUGAUUCUACCGGUGCUUGAGAGCCAGAACCUUGCAACUGAAAGUAUUUGGCCAGUUUUAGCAGCUGAGAGCUUGAAAGCUUUAGGUGGUCUUGGUCUUCUUUCCCUUGGUGGGAAAUAUCUUCUCAGGCGAAUAUUUGAAGUUGUUGCUGAGUCAAGGAGCUCAGAAGCUUUUGUUGCUCUGUGUUUGCUUACAGUGUCAGGGACUUCUCUUCUUACCCAAAUGUUAGGCUUCAGCGACACACUAGGAGCAUUUCUGGCUGGAGCACUCCUAGCAGAAACAAAUUUCCGGACACAAAUUGAAGCUGACAUAAGACCUUUCAGAGGCUUACUGCUUGGACUAUUUUUUGUCACCACUGGGACGUCCAUUGACAUGCAGCUCCUUUUCCGAGAAUGGCCGAAUGUACUUUCCCUCUUAUCAGGCUUAAUUGUUAUCAAGACCUUGAUAAUAACUGCAAUAGGUCCUCGUGUUGGAUUAACCUUACAAGAGAGUGUAAGAAUAGGACUGCUUCUUUCACAAGGGGGGGAGUUUGGGUUUGUGGUGUUUUCUUUAGCGAACAGGCUUGGAGUUCUACCACUUGAGUUGAAUAAACUUCUCAUAAUAGUCGUCGUCUUGUCUAUGGCAUUAACACCUUUGCUAAAUGAAAUGGGAAGAAAAGCUGCUGAAAUCAUUGAUGAGAAGCUUCAAGCUACAGAGAAAAUUGCUGACAUGGUGAGCUUUGAUGCAAGUGAACCAAUAGUUAUUCUAGGGUUUGAGCAAAUGGGACAGGUUCUGGCCAAUUUUUUAUCAACUCCUUUGGCUGGAGACGAGGGUAUGCCAUAUGUUGCAUUUGAUCUUAAUCUAAGGGUUGUUAAGGAAGCAAGGAAGCUGGGUUUCCCCAUACUGUAUGGAGAUGGUUCCCGACCAGCAGUUUUGCAAUCUGCUGGUAUAUCGUCCCCAAAAGCUGUCAUGGUUAUGUAUGCAGGAAGAAGUAGGACACUUGAUGCAGUUCAAAGAAUAAGACUUGCUUUUCCUGCGAUUCCAAUCUAUGCAAGGGCUCAGGAUGUUUCUCAUCUAUUGGAUCUAAAGAAAGCUGGUGCUACUGAUGCUAUUCUUGAGAAUGCUGAGACAAGUUUGCAGCUUGGCUCAAAGCUACUGAGAGGGUUUGGUGUCAUGUCGGAUGAUGUGACUUUCGUGAGUCAACUCCUGAGGGAUUCGAUGGAGUUACAAGCCCAAGAAGAGUUGAACAGAAAUGAAGAUCGUGAUCUUGAUAUCAUGAAGCCAAUGCAGGUUAGGGUGACUGACUUGGUUCAGGCCAAAAGUAGCACUCGGUUAUCGAUCAACAAGCAAUCACUCAGCUAUGAUGCCAAUCGUGUCCGGGUUUCCGAGAACAAUCAGCCAUCUAUCAUUGAUACAGAAGUUGAACAAGAUGCAAAUGGUGGCUUGGAAAAUGAGUAUGAGAAUAUAGACGAUGAUGAUGGUGUCAAAUAUUGUCAAUUAGAUUCAGAUAUUGAUUUACCAGAUGUAAAGGAGGAAGUCCAGGGAGAUGAUAAAGUGUUGGAUCAUUCUAUCCGACAAAAAUAGUACAGACCAGAUUUCAAAGUUUUUAUUAGGAUAAUUUGAUUUUGAAGAGAAUUGGGAAAGGAACUUCAUUUUCUUGUAUGUACGGACUGUUGAUUGAUCAAUUGGAACUUGUAUAUUAAAUGUUAUCGCA